GUCCCGACCAACGCUCCAAGCCAUUCGUAAUGCAGGUUGCCAAGAUUUCCCUUUUCCUUUUCGCUGCCAUGGGUACGGUUGCUAGUCCCAUUGAUGCCGAGUCCGAGGGCCUCAGUGUUAGAGGGGUGAAUGCUGCCGACAUUCAGUACACAGGAAAAUGUUAUACAAAUGGCAACAAUUGCAAAUACGAUUUUGAUGGGAAGACGCACUUUGUCAAGUGCCCUAGCGCCGCCAACACGAAGUGCGAGAAGAAUGGAAAUAAGUGCACAUAUGACUCCUACAAUGGAAAGGUGAAGUGUGACUUCCGCCAUUGAUGAACCUAUUUCAAAUGGCUAUUCCUGGCCAUUCAUCUUACUAGAAAUUGUAAGAUGCCGCGCGGUUCUCAAGCCUAGUCAAGAAGGGCUAGGAACAAGCAGUAUUGAAUGUGUGUUGGGUGGAAACAUAUGUGGUGUCCAUCCCCAGUAUCUCGCUCUUCUGUGAUUUUUGCUAUGACCACACUCGUUUAUCAUCUAGCUUGAUAGCUUGAUGUUUUCGCCUAUCAAUUAUUUGCUUAUCAAUAAAUUGCUCAUUGACCGCCUG